AUGCGUGUAGUGUCUGGUGAACAUGCCUUGCAUAGUUUAGGUGAUUGCAAUAAUAAUUAUUUUUACAAUGAAGAGCUUAAUAAUAUAGGUAAAAAUGCUGGAAAUAAACGUAAAUAUAGUUUCCCCAAAUUUAUUCAAGAUAAAUACAUUUUUUUAUCAUUCAAAUUUAACAACAAGGUUUCGCUUCUACCUAACGAUAAGGAAUUCUUAAGAACCAAUCUUUAUACACCUUUAAAAUUUAAAUUAAAUGAAAAUGGAGCAGUGAAAUGUGUCGAGUCCAAUUUAGUUUUUUUGGAUUGGAAAUUUUAUCCUUCUGAUAAGUCCCUGCGGAUCAGCUUUUAUAUACCCAUGAUGAAAUUAAAUGGUAUUGUUAGAACCAAGAGAUAUUAUACAUUUCAUUGUUUAAAAGGAAUGAUGGAAUCAGAUGUAUUUUUAAUUAAUCAUAACAAUUAUUUUAAAAUUGGAACUAUCUACAUUACAAAGUUUACGAUUAAAUAUUAUAGCAAUGCAUAUCUGUUUCAUUCAUACUUUGUAUAUUUUUGCAAUGGUAGACUUUUAAAUGAAUUCAAUAAUAUUAUUGAUAAGCAUACUAAACGAUUAUCUAAUCUAUAUAACAUUAAGCUGGAUACUGUGCCCUGUAUAUAUUUUAAAAUACUUCCCCAAAACAUAUCCAAAUACAACCAAUUAGUUUCCACUGCAAUGGACAAUGUAAUUGAAAUGCCCCUUAUGAAGCCAUUAAAAGUUAUGUUAUAUAGAAGAAGUAUUGAUUCGCGCAAUAUUACAAUUCCAGUUCUUUACUUCAAGGACUUGAACUCUGGUAAAAUAAAACCAAAAUUCCAUUCUCUCUACCAAGCUGUCAGCGCUUGUCUAUCCUUUUCUGAUGGUAAAGUCAUCCAAGAUUCCAUCAGGGUAUUCAACUCAUUUUCUUAA